UAAUGCAGUGACACGACCAUUGAAAAAACUGGAAGAACAUACAAACCAUGGCUGGUAACGGAUGGGUCAGGAGAUUCGACGUUUACACAACGAGAAAUUGCAAGAGAUUUCUGAAGUCAAAGUAAAUUCUUCAUCGUAUUAAAUAAAUGAAUAUAAAGGAAUGGAGAUUAGCUUAUGGAGAUCUACACAGGUAAGAAUACGAGUAAUGGUGCAAAUUUGAUGGUGUGAUGUAAGUACAGUCUGUUCCAUAAGAGCGUACGGUUCCGCACUUCAUUAAUAGAUGACGCAUAGAUGUUAAGUUUAGUUUUUCCGAUUCUCUGAACAGUUCGGAAGAAUGCUUUGAGGUCAUAUGGGUAGUAUGACUUGUUUUGACUGUAACAGAGCAAAUAACUACAAUGAGUGCUGCGUAUGCAAGUCGUUUUGAAGCAGUGUUCCUUUGCACACAUCCGAAAGGACCGAAAAUGUCGUAUGCAGCUGCUGGACGCUACAUGAAAAAGUCAGAAGGAUUCGUCAGGAAGUGGGUGAAACGUUACAACGAAACAAAAAAUGUCGACGACCUGCCGGAACGUGGCAUCCGACGGUCAACGACGAAAAAGGAUGACAAAGUUAUCAUCAAGAUAUUUGAGAAGAAUCCUGGGUGUUCAUUACGACGAGGGAAAAAUCUUUUAUUGAAAAAGGGUAUAGAUGUGAGCCUUAAUACUAUUAGACAACGAUUGCUUGAUUCCGAAUACGGUUGGCAAUCUAAGGAGAAACAGCCCGUACGUUCUUGUUGAACAGACUGUAUAUGUACAUACACAUAACCUACACAAGAAAACAUCAGAAACUAAUGACUCUGAUUUAAAAAAAGUUUUUUU